GCAACAGCAGCUGUGGUAGCCUAACCACACACCAUUGAAGGAACGCGUGGGGAAGGACGACAGUGGGAAAACAAGGCAAUAAAGUGGAAAACACGUUUAAACCGACGGAUAAACCACUUUUCUGCUAUUUGGCACUCGUGGUAUUUGUUCCAGGGACGAGAAAAGGCUCGUUCCUCGGCUUUUCUCUGAUAAGAAACCAAAAAGAAAGUUGAACGAGGAAUUUGUAAAUUCAGGAUGUUGGUGUGAAACAAAGGGGACUGGAGAACUGCUGUUUGAGUGGGUUAUACUACUCCGUUCUUUUCACCAGCUCUGGAUGGGAAAAUGGAAUCGGAGGGGCAGUGGUGGAAGGGUCAGCUUGCCGCAGACAUACACCAGUCUCUCCGCAUCAAGGAGCUGAAGCUGCCGGCGUACCGCGCCCACUCCCCCCAGAUCGCGAUGCGGCGCUACUUCGCCGACCUGCUGGCCAUCCUGAGCAACCGCUACCAGCUGUGCCCCACGGCGCGUCACCUGGCCGUCUACCUGCUGGACCUGUUCAUGGACCACUACGACGUGGCCGUCAAGCAGCUCUAUGUCAUCGCCCUGUCCUGCCUGCUCCUGGCCAGUAAGUUUGAGGAGAAGGAGGACCGGGUUCCGAAGCUGGAGCAGCUGAACGCGCUGGGCUUCAUGUGCAGCCUGAACCUGGCGCUGAGCAAGCGGGACCUGACGCGCACCGAGCUGCUCCUCCUGGAGACCUUCGGCUGGAACCUGUGCAUGCCCACGCCCGCCCACUUCAUCGACUACUACCUCCAGGCCUGCGUGCGGGAGAGCGACCUGCACAACGGCUGGCCCCUCUCCUCCCUCUCCAAGACCAAAGCCUUCAUGGACAAGUACACACACUACUUCCUGGAGGUGUCUCUGCAAGACCACGCCUUCCUGAGCUUCCGGCCGUCCCAGGUGGCGGCGGCCUGCAUCGCGGCCUCGCGGGUCUGCCUGCAGAUCUCCCCGAGCUGGACCACCGCCCUGCACCUGCUGACCGGCUACACCUGGGACCACCUGACCCAGUGCAUCCAGCUCAUGCUGCUCGCUCACGACAACGACGUGAAGGAGGCCAACAAGCCCAAAUCCACCCCCCCGCCCGGCCCGCCGUCGCUGCUCGGCCAGCCCACGCCCCCCUCCUGCACCCCCUCCCCCGCCCACCGUCCGGCCGUCUCCUCCGCUACCUCCGCCCAGCCCCUGCUCUUCCAGGCCGGGGCCUUCCCGCACCUCUCCCAGCACGCCGCACCCCUGUCCCAGCUGCACGGGCUAGGCGAGUCCCAGGCUUUGGGGCCUGUGGUGGCCCAGGACUACCUGCAGUCCCACAGGGUGGGGCUCCUCUCGGGCGGGGCGGCGGGGGCCAGCUUCCACCCGUAUCCGGGCCUGGGGACGGGGCUGCAGCCGGGGGGGCGGGGCCUGCAGGGGCCCCUGUCCGUGCAGGUGGCCCUCGCGUCAGAACCCCGCCACUGCCUGGGCGUGGCUUACGGCGGCUACCUGAGCUCCCACCACACCUUCGCCGCCGGCUGCUUCGACAGGUGACGCCAGGAGAGGGGCGGGGAGCUGACCUCCGGGCGCCCCACCCCUCCCCCCUCCCCGGGGCCCGCGCCCCCCUCCCGCGGGCAGAGACACAGGAAGCGCAAACGCAAAUCCGCCGCCGUCGCCGCCGACCCCGCCGAGGUCAUCGUGCUGACGUGAU